GCAAAAUCCGCACGAAACCGUUCUGUUCGGUCAGGAAAAGGAAAGGGCGAGAUACGUGCGGGUGCGUGUGUGAGAACAAAACUUCCCUGUUUUGUAGCUCCACCGAUCGAAGCAGCCAGUUGUGAACGAGAGGGUCCGAGUGUGCGUUUUUAUUUGGUGUUCGCCGUUCCUUUUGCCUGGUGGUUAAGAAAAAGUAGGGCUCGAACACGUUCCCACAGGGCCGAAACUCGCACCUCCGUUUUCCGUGUACAGUGCAGAUCUGAGCGUCGAAAAGCCAAUCACCGCGCGCGCCAUCAUCAGCACGUUAUGAAGUUCGAAAACAAACAACAGGAAAAAGACGAUUUUUAAGCGAAAAUCAAAGUGCUCUGCCGCGAACGAAAGCAGUUGUUACCGUGGUUACCGAAGUGCACCGUAAAAAAAAGUGGAAAAAAGAAAAAUCGAAAUUUUCCUCUCUGCGAAAGUGUUGCUCUCCAUGAGUGUGUUCUGUGUGCGAUUGUUGGAAAAGUGAAGUAAAAAUUCAAUCGAUUCGAAUCCGAAGUAUAAAGAGAAGCAAUAGAAAAUAACAAGUGAAGUGUUUGUGUGUGUCACUGCGGGCAUGUGCGACCAAUGAUAACGACAAGUGUUGAAAAUUAACGUCUCAAGUUUUCUUCGCGUGAAUAAUUUGCACCAUCCUAGAUCUGCCUCGGGAAUGUUUCGACGGAUCUGGCGAUAGAUUAGCUGCUGCUGAAGAAUUUCAAAAAUUGAUUUGCCACACCACCGUCCAAAGGAUUUCCGGCUUUAUUUUUGUUUUUCCCGAACCUUCAACCAAGUUCCGAAUUUGUCCCCGCUCGCUUCCCCUACGAUCAGCAUAACGGCUCUCCGCAGUGAUCAGUUCAGCUGAUCGUGGCAGAAAAACGGAGCGCCCUCCCACUUAUGGAUGUAAUUAUUAUUUGCGUUCGAUGUGGCUGUGGUCAUGGUUUUUAUAAAUAACAGAGAUGAGUAUUUACCAUUCCUGAAAGCGCCAGGAGUAAGAAUGCAAACUCCUUUGGUUAACAACGUGACGACGAACACUACGACACUCACUCGAGACGUUGCCGCACAGGUGCAGCAGCAACAACAACAGCAGCAGCAGCAGCAACAGCAGCAACAACAACAGCAGCUUGGCAACGUUAACAAUAACAACACCACCACUAACAAUAACAACAACAACACCCUCAUCAACAACAACAGCAUCAGCGUGAGCGGGUCCUGCGGGACACUGAAUGUUAACAACAACAUAAACAACAACAACAGCAUCAACAACAAUGGUCAGCCGCAAGUUGCCCGGGCACUGCUCAUCUGUCGUCCAAACUCGCAUCCCUUUAACAACCGGACACUUUACCUUGAGCCGGGUGCCCAAGCUAAGGUAGGACGGUCGGUUGCGAGGAUUCGCGUGUCGGAAAACAAUGCAAUUUUCGACUGCAAGGUCCUGUCUCGGAACCAUGCCGUGCUGUGGUACAAAGAUGGCCGUUUCUUCAUCAAGGAUACGGGCAGCAGUAAUGGCACGUUCAUCAACAACUUUCGCCUCAGUCAGACGUGUUCCGAGUCGGAACCGUACGAAAUCAGCUCCGGCGAUAUCGUGCAGUUCGGCGUGGACGUUAUGGAGAAUACGCGGCGCGAAACGCACGGUUGCAUUACGGCCACGCUCAAGCUCUUCCUGCCGGACGGUCGGGAAACGAAGGCCAGCCAGAAGGUGGGCAUUGGAGGGCAGAGCGCCAUCAUACCGCCGGUCGAUCUGUACCGAUUGAAUCAGUACAUCCAGGAGGCGAACCAACGGGAGCAGAUACUCGAAACGAAGCUGAUUAGUCUCCAGAAGAUGGUCGAAUCGACAAAGCAAAAUUCCUUCCUCGGCUGGCAGGCAAUGAUCGACGAGGAUCGAUUGCUCAGCCGUAUCGAAAUGCUGGAAAAGAAGCUACAGUACUGCCAGAAAAACAUCACCGCGGACAAGCUGCACGACGAGCUGAUGAAGCUGGUGCAGGAAAAGGAAGAGUAUCAGAACGCGGCCAAAGAGGCUAUGUACAAACUGUACCAGGAGCGGCACGAAGCGGUGCACAAGCAGAUUUCGCUCGAGAAGGCGCUCUGCACCAGCGAGGACGAAUGUUCGUUGUUGCGGGAGCAGCUUAACAAAACGAAACAACAGUUACAGGAAAUGACCAUCUGUAUGGAUACGCUGAAGAAUCAGUACGAUGAGAAGGUCGCUUCGAGCGAAGAGCAGCUGAAGGCAAAGGAGUCCGAAAUUACGAGUCUCACGCACAAGCUGGAUCAUUUUGUUGACGUGUAUGCUAUUGGAUCAUCUGAUGACGAACAGCAGCAGCAGCAGCAGCAGCAACAGCAACACCACAUACACAGUUCGGCCAUGUCAAACUGGCUGAAGAACUCAGAUAUUAAGAAACUGGAAGGAUCUGAAGACAUAAUUAAGGCCAUUUGUAAUGAUACUGAAAACGAGAUUACCGGUAGUGAUUACACGGAAGGACUGACAAAGCUUCAACGACGUAUCAAUACGUUUGAGAAAAAUUUCACCCUGUUGUUCGGAGCAGAUCUGAAAUCGGAAAAUGAAACGGACGAUCUAGAUAACGAUGCCACGGUACCGAUCGUGCUGACGAGCACAGCCAACAACGUAACAACGACAACCGCCGGUGCACAAUCCAAAAUGGAUGAGCUCGUCGGGGACGCUAGCGCUGCAGAAGGAGACGAGAAUGGACCACCAACGCUGCAGGUAGAAUGCGAUGGCAAUCAGAACGAUGUAAACAGCACCACUACGCCCAUGAAUCGCAACGGUGGUGGAGAUGGUAGCGAAGACAACGGCACUAUACCGAUGGAAGUGCGCGCCGGCGUUGAUCAGGAUUCGCAGCAGCAAACGUCGGACGGAGAUAGCGGCACGGUACCGGCUUCCAAUGCUGCACCACCGUACGGCCAAGGAGCAACGGAUCAGAUGAACAAGAACGUGCUCAAGCGUAAUCUUCGGUUGAUCAAGAACGACUGUACGACGCUGCUGCGGCAAGUCGAGCGUACGAUAGCGCAGAAGCAAUCGGAGCAAAUUAUCCAGAAGGCGAAGUAUGAAGAGCUGGAAACGGAGCUGUUGGCAUUUAAGGCGGAACUCGAAAGCCGACCGAAGCAGGAUGAGCUGGACCAGAAGCAGCAGCUGUGCGAUAGCCUCACCGAAAGUCUUUCCCAUCUACGGCACGAGGUGGACGAGCUGCGUACGCUGAACGAUCGCUGCCAGCUCGAGAUGGAGCGUAUGGAGGUUGAGCUGCUGAAGCAGAAAAACAUCGAGAACGAAAAGAUCAGUGCAAUGGCGGCGGCCGCCGCUGCUGAGGAGGAGUCCACCGAAAACGUUUCGAUCGUGGGUAAGGAGGAGCAAGAACCGACGGAAACGGAAACGACGGCCAAGGGUGGCGAGGUCGAGCGGCAAACGCAACAGGAGCUGAUGAUGAUGCCGACGACGUUGCUGGUUGUGACGGACAGUGCUCCGAUGGCGGAAAUGCCCUCGCCGGUGCUAAUACCCACCGUGCCGAUGGUGGACGUGGAAACGCAAACCGAUACACUUCCGGAUGUGCCUGCUGUUGGGGAGGAGCCGUCGUCAGCUUGUAUGCCAGUACCAGUUCUACCUCUAGCCGUCACAUCCAGCACCACCGAUACGAGCGAUGGUGGCGAUAUGUCGAUCUGCUCCAAUCUGGACGAUCUGGAUGACGACGACGACGACGAUGACGAGAAGACGGAAACCAUUGAAACGACCGCAAUGUACAAUGCGGACCAUCCUGCGCUGGACCUGUUGCGGAACACGAUCGGUGCACCGAGCGGUGUUAGUAGCGUAGAGGACGACGAUAAACUGUGUGACGGUAGCAACGGUAAUAGUAGUAAUAAUGGUGGUACUUCACUCCUCACGACCCUGGACGAUACCACCGGCAAUGGAGCGGUCCUGUCCGGGACGGCCACCACCACCAUCGACUAUGAGCUGGCCAUGAUCAACCAUCCGGAUGUGCAGCGUGAGGAGGAAUUGGUUGCCUUCAAGGAGAAGUACUCCCAUCUGAGCGAGGAAAACGUACGGCUCAACCAGAAGCUACAGCAGCUGACGAACGAUAUGAGCCAAUCGCGGCAGUGGUUCGCACUCCAGAUCGCCGCCUGCAUCGUUCCGGUGAUGGCCAUCUUCUUCUACAUGCUGACAGGUGCACGCUCGUAAUGGGACCUGCGGUUCCCGGUUGCCGACUGCAGCAAGAGGGCAUUAGCGAUCGUCGGUCGUUGCUAGCCGCGCCUGGCCAGGAAGCAGAGACAGAGAGAGAGAGCGAGAGAGGGAGCAAGCAAGCGAGAUGUGUAGGGAAAUUUGUGGAAACGGAAGUGUUGCUUAGUAAUGUUCUUUAAUUCUAUUAUUUUUUUUAUUAAUACUAUAUUUUGUUGAUGUGCAACCAAGUCUUGUAAGGCGAAGCGAAAAGGGACAAAAAAUUAUCUCGUUAUCACACCGUACCGUGUAGUGUUUGUGUAGAAAACGGAAAGCGAAGGAAACGCAACGAAGGUAUAGGUUUGUGUUUUUCGUUUUCUUCUCACUUUACUGUUGUUUAUGGAUAUUAUUUAUUAUUAUAAUUUUUUGUUUUAUUGCGAAUCCUGUCCACCCCAGCACAAGUGUGUGUGUGUGUGUUUGUCUCGGCUCCGCUGUGCAUCAUGUGUUCCUGCUGAAAGCGAGUUCCAAACGAAAAAAUCUCACAAAUCGCGACACUCACUCACUCACACACCACAAACCGAGAUCAUGUUCGGCUGUACAUUCAUAUAAUCGCUACAGCACUGUAUUUAUUAACCGAUUAAUCUGAUGCUAAUUUUAUUGACACCAGCAGCCGCCUACAGAACACUGAAUACUGAAGAAAAAUCAAUAAUUAUAAUCAUAAGGUUUAAUGCACUAAUAGUGAAAGGUGGGGGGGGGGGGGGGGCUGCGAGUGUGUGCGUAUAUCAAUAGCAUUAUGGCGGAUGAGAAGAGGAGAACGAGCUGAAGGAGUCCGAAUGGUGGUAAUACCGGAUGUUACGAUGAGCAAUAGGAGUGUGGUGUAGGAAAACUGUGCGUGUGUGAGUGUGUGUGUAUGGAAGAAGCCUGUAUGAUUGCACAUUCGAUGUCCAGCGAUGUCCACUUGGUCCCGAAUGAUGAACGUGUGUGUUUGUGUGUCAGCUUACGAACGAAUUUGGUAGUGAAGAGUGCGGGUGUCGUCGCUUUGGGUAAGUAGUGCCGCGCUGCACUCUGUCUCCCUUGUAGGGCUUCAUUUUGUCUUGUUCCCCGUUGAAAAUGCUUGAAGUCCCGCAAGGCCAAAUGUAUCACCUUCCGGCGGUGGAGGUUAGUAGCCACAACAAGCGAUGAGGAUCAUCGAUAUUUAGUCUUCUACUAACUCGUACACGAUCGUUCGGAAUAGGCUAGCUUUUGUAAGAAUCUAUAUAGACCGUAACAGUACGUUCAAUACGCUACCACACCUACUAAUACUACUACUAUUACUACUACCGCUGCUACUAGUGAGAGACUCAACUACCACACACACAACACUACACACACACACAUAUAUAUAUAAAUAUGGACAUUUACGAAGCAAUCGAACAGGAGGCACUACUACUUGACUGGAUGCAUUUCUCUGAAGAGUAGAAUUAUUGGUGGCAAAUAAAGAGACAGAGAGAGAGAGAGAGAGAGAGAGAGAGAGAGAGGGAGAGAUUGAAAAAAGCAUGGUUUGGGUUGCUGUGGCCAUUGGAAAUGCAAAGUACAAAAACGAAAAAUAACUGCAUAAACGAAUGUGCAACAGAGCAGCACAGUGUCGUGAAUGCGGGAAAAUGGCUUUGAUGGUGUUUUAUCCUGUUGGUGGUAUCGAAAAGGGCACAAAAAGCAGGGCUAAGAAAUGCAAUAAAUCAAUAGUCGCCACAGUACAGUAGCAGCUUGAGGAGUUUUCGAACGGUUCGAGGGGCAAACGACGAAGGAACAUAGUGAUUGUGAGCACCGAUCGACGAGGUCCUGGAAGGUAGUAGCUGACUAGGAAAUAUUGAUAUAAUACUACGCAGAUUCGAGAUUUCGAUUUGAACGGCACACACAUUCUCUCUCUCUCUCUCUCUCUCUCUCUCUCUCUCUCAUUUGGAGGACACAGUAACGCUUGAGUUUAUAGUGUGUAUUAUAUUGAAAGUGUGCGAACAAAAAGGAGUGGGGUGGAUCGCAAAACUGUCGAAACUCGAAGACGAUGGGCAGUAGAACGAGAAAGCCUGAUGUAGAGGAACAGCAAGGCAAAGAAGCUGACGACGAAUAAGAACGUAAAUAAUAAAGAUGAAAAAAAGCGAUAUAAUUAUAAUAUAAUAA